AUGCCCUCACUGUCCUCCAACAUCGCGCUCGGCCUCAUUGCCGCAGGCGUCGUCCCGCUUGUUUCCGCCGGACCAUGUGAUAUCUACGCCUCUGGUGGCACGCCUUGCGUGGCAGCACAUAGCACUACCCGUGCCUUGUAUAGUUCCUAUACUGGUGCCCUCUAUCAAGUGAAACGGGGCUCCGACAGCACCACGACUAAUGUUGCACCUCUGUCCGCUGGAGGAGUCGCCAACGCUGCUACUCAGGACAGUUUCUGUUCCGGGACUACCUGCUUGAUCACCAUUAUCUAUGAUCAAUCCGGCCGCGGCAAUCAUCUGACCCAGGCGCCCCCCGGAGGCUUCCAGGGCCCAGAGGCCAAUGGCUAUGACAACCUCGCCAGCGCGACUGGCGCACCCGUCACUCUCAACGGCCAGAAGGCAUAUGGCGUUUUCGUUUCUCCCGGAACCGGGUACAGGAACAACAACGCCAAUGGCAUUGCCACCGGGGAUGCCGCCGAGGGUAUGUACUCGGUCUUGGACGGCACCCACUACAACUCUGGAUGCUGCUUCGACUAUGGCAAUGCCGAGACCAGCAGUAAAGACACUGGGAAUGGGCACAUGGAAGCAAUCUAUUUCGGAACCAGCACGGCUUGGGGCAGUGGCUCCGGCAACGGCCCAUGGCUAAUGGCUGAUUUGGAAAACGGCUUGUUCUCAGGUGUAUCAUCAGGUUAUAACUCUGGUGACCCAUCCAUCACCUCGAGAUUCUUCACCGCUGUGGUCAAGGGAGGGCCGAACCUGUGGGCACUCCGUGGCGGGAACGCUGCGUCAGGGUCACUAUCCACGUAUUACAGCGGCAUCCGACCAACUGCUUCGGGCUAUAACCCCAUGAGCAAAGAAGGCGCCAUCAUCCUCGGAAUUGGCGGUGACAACAGCGUGAGCGCCCAAGGCACCUGGUACGAGGGCGUGAUGACCUCGGGCUAUCCCUCCGAUGCCACUGAGAACUCCGUCCAGGCAAAUAUUGUCGCUGCCAAGUACGCCACGACCUCUUUGACAAGCGGCACUGCCCUGACUGCCGGUUCCUCCAUCUCAUUGCGUGCCACCACCUCCUCAAGUAACACACGAUACCUCGCCCAUACCGGCACUGCCGUCAACACUCAGGUUGUCACAUCUUCCAGUGCAACAACUCUGAAACAACAAGCCAGUUGGAGAGUCCGUGCGGGUCUGGGAAAUAGCGCCUGCUUCUCAUUCGAGUCAGUAGACACCCCCGGCAGUUACAUCCGCCACUCCGAUUUCACCCUUUAUGUCAACGCCAACGACAACUCGAAACAGUUCAAAGAAGAUGCCACCUUCUGCCCGCAGAGCGGUAUCAGCGGGCAGGGCAGCUCAAUCCGAUCUUGGAACUACCCGACUCGCUAUAUCCGCCACUACAGCAACGCAGGCUACAUCGCAAGCAACGACGGUGUCCACACAUGGGAUAGUGUCACAUUGUUCAAUGACGACGUUAGCUGGGUGAUCAGCAGCAGUUUCGCUUAA